UCUAACCUAAAAUUUGUAAAUAGAUUUGCGCGAUUUGUAGUUUUGUUUUGAAGUUCUCUGCUUGUGAUAAUGUUCAAAGCAAUAGUAAAUAAACUGAAUCCUUUACAACUAUCGUGUAGUUUCCACACGACAGCAUGUUUAAAUGAAGUAAGAUUAUUAACUCGGCUCAGAGUUGUGGAUAAUUCAGAAAUAGGAAAAAGAGCCAUGUCAGAGGGCAAACCGCCUAGAGUUAUUUGUGUUUACAACAAACAACGUGUUGGAUACAUAGGCGACAGAGUCUUGGUUGCAAUAAAAGGUCAAAAGAAGAAAGGUAUCUUGGUAGGUCUCAAGCAAACACAGAAGGUGAAAGUGCCGAAGUUUGACAGCAACAAUGUGGUCUUGAUUGAUGACAACGGCACUCCCCUUGGCAACCGCAUCCAUGUGCCUAUCCCCACAAUACUGCGCACCAUUCUCAAGGAGAGAACACAUGCUAAAGGAGCAGAUUACACCAAAUUGUUAGCAAUUGCCACCAAAUUUGUAUAGUACAGUAGUUGUA